AUGGUGGCGCCCACGCUUGCCGGGCUUUCUUUAUGCGGUACCCACACGGGUCUUCGGGGCCCCGCUCUGGACACUCCGUACCUCACUCGUCUCGUCACGAUCAUCGCCGUCUACGCCGACUGGGGCUUCACCGACAGUGAGGGUAUCUCCGGUAGCCGGGCCGGCAUUGUCAGGAUCUGGAACAUCGUCUGGUUCCACCCGCUCGACUUGUUCAAGUUCGCCAUGAAGGCUACCCUCGUCAAGUGGCUCCAUGCCCACGAGUACCAGGCCGAGAGCGCCUGGUCAGGUCUGUCGACACAUGCUCUGAGGAGCCGUUUUCGCGCCUACGCGCUGAGCGUGUCUCCUUGA